CGGAGCCUCCGCCUGGGGCUCCCCGUUUUUUGCUUGUUUCCCCGCAACUACCCGUCCCCACCCCAGCUCCCAUUGGCUGGGCCAACUGUGGUGUGGCUGUCGCCGUUCGUCGGAGGAGCCUUAAUCGGCCACCUGCCGCGUUCCACAGGCUCCUUGCAUCUCGGAUUUCGGGGCGGCAUCUUUUCCCUCCCCCAUCUUUCCCUGCUUCUUUGCACCCCGCUUUUUCUGCGUUCCGCCAGGAUUUUGUAGCCGUCUGUUUUUUUGCACCCCUUUUUUGUGUUUUGCUUCUAGGCGGUGUGUAGGGUGAAGCUGUCUUGGCAUCCCUUCCCCUGGUUAUCUUUCCCUGUUUAGACAGCCCCCCUUUCUAUCGCAGUCGGGGGGGCCUAGCCGCGGCGCACCUCCGCUACGCUGCCAGCAGACCACAGCGAGUGGCUGUGCACCCCGGAAUUUGCAGCAGCUGCAUUUCUGAGCGGAGUCUCCCUCGCCUCGCUCCCCGCGCAUUUGGGUGCGUGGAGGGCUUCAGCGUGCGACGUCCCCGCUUCUCCGCAGCCCCCCGCAGCGCGCCGGGACUCGCCCCGUGCCGCCAAGAUGGUCAUCCAGAAAGAGAAGAAGAGCUGCGGGCAGGUGGUUGAGGAGUGGAAGGAGUUCGUGUGGAACCCGCGGACGCACCAGUUCAUGGGGCGCACCGGGACCAGCUGGGCCUUCAUCCUCCUCUUCUACCUCGUCUUCUAUGGCUUCCUCACGGCCAUGUUCACCCUCACCAUGUGGGUGAUGCUGCAGACUGUCUCUGACCAUACUCCCAAGUACCAGGAUCGACUGGCCACACCAGGCUUGAUGAUUCGCCCCAAGACUGAGAACCUCGAUGUCAUUGUCAACAUCAGUGACACCGAAAGCUGGGAGCAGCAUGUCCAGAAGCUCAACAAGUUCUUAGAGCCUUACAACGACUCCAUCCAAGCUCAAAAGAACGAUGUCUGCCGCCCUGGUCGAUAUUAUGAGCAACCAGACAAUGGGGUUCUCAACUAUCCAAAGCGUGCCUGCCAAUUCAACCGGACACAGCUGGGCAAUUGCUCUGGCAUUGGGGACCCUACCCACUACGGUUACAGCACUGGGCAGCCCUGUGUCUUCAUCAAAAUGAACCGGGUCAUCAACUUUUAUGCAGGGGCAAAUCAGAGUAUGAACGUGACCUGUGUUGGGAAGAGAGAUGAAGAUGCUGAGAAUCUUGGCCACUUCGUCAUGUUCCCUGCCAAUGGCAACAUUGACCUCAUGUACUUUCCCUACUAUGGCAAAAAAUUCCAUGUGAACUAUACACAGCCCCUGGUGGCUGUGAAGUUCCUGAAUGUGACCCCCAACGUGGAGGUGAAUGUAGAAUGCCGCAUUAACGCUGCCAAUAUCGCCACAGACGAUGAGAGAGACAAGUUUGCUGGCCGUGUGGCCUUCAAACUUCGAAUCAACAAAACCUGAGGCUCCCCCUCCCCCCACUUUCCUGUGGAUGCUUCUGGAAUGUCCUUGACCCUGCCUGAUCCCUCCCUCACCCACCCCAAAGGUAUUUUUUAUAACAGAGCUAUGACUUAUCUGAGCCUCACAUCCCUGUAAAGCCUCAGCUUCUCAACCUAGCCUGAUGUCCACACGAUUUCCAUCAUCUUCCAACCUUAGCUUAGCCAGAGACAGAUAGAUGGGCUAUCAGGAUGGCCGCAGAGGAGUUAGGAGUUUCCUAGUCAGGAGCUGGAGCUGUUACUCAGUGAUAGAGGAGGUGCCUGGCAUGCCCAAGGGCCUCAGCUCUGCUGGACUCUUUCUAGUUUGAGUUUAUGCGUGAGAUGUCCUUACAGCUCUUGCCUCAAUUUCUACUCCCAUCCCCAGAGAGCUAUAGAAAAUGGCCAUGAACCCACCCACCUAUAUACUCAACCCACCCCCUCCCCUCCCGAGGCCCC